ACACGCCCGGCACUUGAACUUCACCAUCACUCGCGUCUGCCGCCACGCGUGCCAUUCCUUCACUGUCACCCUCGCAGUGCUGCGUGUUAGCCCCCAAAUGUUCUUUUGAACCACCGGCCUCUUCCUCACACCCACGCCACACUGGGCAUCUGCACCAUCAGCCUACCUCCGCCUUCGACCGUACCGAGCUUCGAAGCUCUAGAUAUCAUACGAUCAGAAGAGCGCAGCAGCGAAUAUGAUCGCAGGACGAGGAAGACAGCGGAUACGGCCGCCAAGGAGGGGUCUGCACGGUGACGAGGUCGAUUUCGAGAACACGUGGGCCACCAUCGAGGCGGCCUUUAGGGAAAUCCACACAAAGAAUGCGUCCAAGCUGUCGUACGAGGAACUUUACCGCCACGCAUACCGAAUCGUUUUGAAGAAGAAAGGCGAGGCUCUCUACGAGAAAGUUCACGAAUUCGAGCGAAACUGGUUGAGCACGGAGGUCCGAGCCUCAAUCUCGCAAUUGCUCUCAACCAACCUACUUGUAGACGCGCAGAGUAUCGGCGGAACUACACCAAACGAGCGACGUGUAGCGGGCGAGAGGUUUCUGAAGGGACUGAAGCAGGCAUGGAGCGAUCACCAGAUCUGCACCAGCAUGCUAGCAGACGUGCUCAUGUACAUGGACCGUGUCUACUGUGCAGAUCAUCGUCGCCCAUCAAUCUACAACGCCGCCAUGGUCCUGUUCCGCGACGAAAUCCUCAAUUCCAGGAUAUCCCCGACCGACGCUCGAGCGAUCCUCAAUCUGCUGAACAACAUUAUUCUCGACCAGAUACAAAUGGAGCGUGACGGCGACGUCAUCGACAAGCAGCUUAUCAAGUCCUGCGUGUACAUGCUGGAGGGCCUACACGAGGGCGAGAUAGAGGCAGAGGACCAGCGAUUGUACAACACGUCUUUUGAGGUGGAGUAUCUGGACACCAGCAGGGCCUUUUACCGUGGAGAAUCGGAGCUCUUACUGCGCGAUGCGCAUGCCGGCGCAUACUGCAAACACGCGCGACGCAGAAUUUACGAAGAGGACGAGCGCUGCAAGCAAACACUUUUGGAGACUACCGGACCCAAGAUUCAGAAAGUCGUAGAGGAGGAGAUGAUCAAGUUCCGGAUACACGAGCUUGUCGAGAUGGAGAGUGGUGUACGCUUCAUGAUCGACAACCAUAGACUAGAAGAGCUGAACCUCAUCUACGAUCUAAACAAGCGGGUAGAUGAGAAGAAGAUUCAGACAACCCGAGCCAUUCAGCAGCGCAUUGUCGAAAUGGGCUCAGACAUCAACAAGGACGCGAUCGCGGCGUCACUAGCGCCAGCCGUUGCACCUGCCGCUGAUGCAGCCGACAAGGGCAAGGGUGCCGCGCAAGAGAAGAGCCUAAACCAGCAGACUGUCGCUGCGAUCAAGUGGGUCGAGGAUGUCCUUGCCCUGAAAGAUCGGUUUGACAAGAUUUGGCGAGAGUCAUUCGAGUGCGAUCCGCUACUGCAACAGGCGCAAACAGCAAGUUUCUCCGAAUUCAUCAACUCGGUGACAUUCCCACGAUCAUCCGAAUACAUUUCCCUCUUUAUCGACGAAAACAUGAAAAAGGGCAUCAAGGGCAAGACUGAGGCUGAGAUCGAUGCUGUCCUGGAGAAGGCUAUCAUCCUGCUACGAUACGUACAGGACAAGGACCUCUUCGAGCGCUACUACAAGAAGCACUUGUGUCGACGUCUGUUGAUGAACAAGUCCAUCAGCAACGAAGUCGAGAAGCAAAUGAUUUCAAAGAUGAAGAUCGAGCUCGGCAACAAUUUCACACUCAAACUGGAGGCUAUGUUCAAGGACAUGACCAUCUCCGAAGAGCUUACUGCCGGCUUCAAGAAGCACGUGGAAGGCCUCGGAGAGAAGGAUCCCAAGCGCAUCGAGCUGUCCAUCAACGUGCUGACCAGCAUGACGUGGCCUCUCGAGACCAUGGGUGGUGCGGCUGCCGACGAAGAGGACAAGCGACCGCGAUGCAAUUACCCUCUCGUUGUAGACAAGCUCAAGCGCGGUUUCGAGAAGUUCUACAGCCAGAAGCACUCUGGACGACAGCUUACCUGGCUACCCAAUAUGGGAUCAGCAGACAUCAAGGCCGUCUUCCCCAAGGUCCCUCAGAAGGAUGGCUCUGUCAAGGAGCGUCGCCAUGACCUCAACGUAUCGACAUAUGGCAUGAUCAUUCUACUCCUCUUCAACGAGCUUGACGCAGGCGAGCGUCUGACAUUCGAAGAGAUCCAAGCCCAGACCAACAUCCCCCCCAGUGACCUCAUCCGGAACUUACAAUCGCUCGCCGUAGCACCCAAGACGCGCAUCUUGAUCAAGGAGCCCAUGUCCAAGGACGUCAAACCCACCGACAAAUUCUCGUUCAACGAAAGUUUCCAGGGCAAGUUCGUCAAGAUCAAAGUCGGUGUCGUCAGCGGCGGCAAUAAAGUUGAGAGCGAUCGCGAGCGACGCGAGACUGAGAAGAAGAAUGAUGAUUCACGAGGCUUCUGUAUCGAGGCUGCCGUGGUGCGAAUCAUGAAGCAACGUAAAGAACUCUCGCAUCAACAACUCAUGUCCGAGACCCUCAGCCAACUCGUCGGCCAAUUCAAGCCCGAGGUCAACAUGGUCAAGAAACGCAUCGAGUCGCUUAUUGAGCGUGAAUAUCUGGAGCGCGUAGACGGCGCGCAGAUUGAUUCGUAUAGAUAUCUGGCUUAGGGAGCAGAAGAGGAUAAUCUGCAUAGCACUUCAGCAGCAUGUUUGCAGGCGUUUUUGGGGUUGAUCGCUAAAUUUGUGGGAGCGGACUACCCUUAUGGAAUGAAUGAAUGCAUAGCUUGGCGUCGAUGGAGUAUAGUCAUGGGCCUCGUAUGGGAGAUUUUUGUAGAUACCUUUUAUAAUCAAAAGAGACGAAUUUGGUAAUGAAGAAUAUGAGCAU